GGGGCACCGCGACUUCCGGGCGCCACUGUCGGACGCCACUAUCGCCAUCUUAGCCUUGUCGAAGCAACAUGGCUGACUUCAGGGGACCCAGAUUCCCGAGUCCCCGGGCCCUGGCCGCCGCCAUGCCGACCUGCCCGCUGCGGCUGGCCGUGGUGUGCUCCAGCAACCAGAACCGCAGCAUGGAGGCGCACAACAUCCUGAGCAAGCGGGGCUUCAACGUCCGCUCCUUCGGAACCGGCAGCCAUGUGAAGCUUCCCGGCCCGGCGCCUGACAAGCCGAACGUGUACGACUUCAAAACCACGUAUGACCAGAUGUACACGGAUCUCCUGCGCAAAGAUCGGGCUCUCUACACGCAGAACGGCAUUCUGCAUAUGCUGGACCGCAACAAGCGCAUCAAGCCUCGACCGGAGAGGUUCCAGAAUUGCAGGGAUCCAUUCGAUCUGAUCAUCACCUGUGAGGAGAGAGUGUACGACCUUGUGGUGGAAGACCUCAACUCCAGAGAGCAGGUGACCUUCCAGCCGGUGCACGUCAUCAACGUGGACAUCCCGGACAGCCUGGAAGAGGCGACCCUGGGAGCCUUCCUCAUCUCCGAGCUCUGCCAGUGCAUCCAGCUCAUGGAAGACAUGGAGAACGACAUCGACGAGGUGCUGCAGGAGUUCGAGGAGAAGAGCGGCAGGGAUUUCCUGCACACCGUCUGCUUCUACUGAGUGGCCCCGCCGGGCGCUCCCGCGCGCCAUCUUUGGAACCUCAUUGGCUUGAGACUGUUUCUUGCCCCUCCCCCCACCUGCUUGUUCUGUAGGUAGUGUGCUGGUGGACAGUGCUUUCACCCGAUGAGCUGUUUGCAUGUUGAUUAAGAUACUGCGAAACCCCAGACUGAAAAUUUUCUAUCCCGCUCGGUUAUAUUUUCCGUGUGAUGAACUGUUAAAAAAAAAAAAAAAAAAAAAAAGGACAGCUCCGAGAUGGAGUCUCUCAGAAAGGACACUGGGACUUAAAACCAAAUCUAACAGCAGUUUUACCACCGUGUCACCUGUUGCGGUUUCAAACUGCAGGACUGUCCGGACUGAGCGCUCAUGAAGUCAUCUGCAACAUGCCAUGUAUGCCGCGUUUGUGGUGCAUGUCUACUUCCGAAUUGGAUGUUGCGCAGUUGGUCAAUCUUAAUAAAGUUUUUACAUCUUCAAAAAUAACUUCCUUAAAUUUUUAUUUAAUGACAAAAAAAAAAACCCGACAAAAACUGGUUUAUUGGACAUCGCUUCCAUACCUGCGUGACUUUCCCUGUGUGUUCUUCCCCCGCCCCCCCUUACCGGGGACUG